AUGAGGAGCAAUGGAGACCGGAGCAAUCAAGAGGGGAGCAAUCGCGACGCGAGUUAUCGGGAGGGGAGCCAUCAUCCAGUAUUCUUGGGCUCCUGCGAGGCGGUGCAGAGCCUGUCACGUCGCGGUGGUGCAUCAACUACUAUCAUGUCACCCGGCGCUGAUUCGCGGCAAAGCGGCGGCUUGAGGCGGCGCCACGAUGCUGCUGCAGCUGAUGCUUUUGAGUCGACUCAAAGGCGGCGCCACAAUGCUGCAGAGGCAGCGCUGCCGGAAACGGCAGCUCUGUCAGCGUCGCCGUCAGUUUCGGUUCUAACCUGCUCCGAUACUGCUGACGUGUCCGAGAAUGCUGCCAGUGGUAGUAGCUUCUACUCGCAAGGCUCCUCUGGAGACCAGCGGCGACGUGGCAACCGACGUGACGUGGAAGCCCUGGUGAAGCAUUUCGGAGGUGACGUGGAAGGUCACAGCAUUCGGCCUCACAGCAUUAUUCCGGACCCUGCUGAGUCCCCUAAAGCAACUACCGUUUUAGCAGAUCCGCGGCAGCAGCAGCAGCAUCAUCGCGGCUCCACAUCUCCAUCGCCGCCAAGUCAUGAAUUCCAGGCACACGCAAGGCUUCCAAGUCAUGACUCGCACAUCAGUGAUGCAAUGCUCGCAUCCCUCGACUCAACCACUCUCCAGAAGCUGCUUCAACAUCUCGCGAGUAUGGGGGCAGCGGCGCGGCCGCGGCGGCCUGGAGGAGAAACACCGUCUGGAACAACCGAUCUCUUCAACAUGUCGGGUCAACACCACAUUACUGCGCAUGGGCCAAUAGCAGCUAAUGCCGGUCCGCUGGCGGCUAAUGCCGGCCCGCUGCCGUCUGUGCAACCGCUGGCAAAGGCGCCGCGGAACGCAACGGAGGCCGUUAGAUUCAAGAGCGCAGCGGCUCCCAGCGUCAGAGCUGCAUCACCGGAUCAAAUCAUAUCCGAUCCAGCCGGCGGCAGCAGCAGCAGCGGCAGCAGCAGCGGCGGCGGCGGCGGCGGCGGCGGCGGCGGUCUGCGGUUCUACUAUUUUUCCUUCCCAAACGGUGUAUGUGGCUUCUUUCAAGCGGCAGACGAGCAAGCCAGUUUGGGAUCGACCCAUGCUGCGGCUUGGCCGGAGCCUAGUACCACCACCAUCUGCCCACACCCUGCGCCUCUGACCCAUGCGGAGGCUCGGCCCGAGCCUAGUACCACCAUGUGCCCAAACCUGGGGUCCGGUAAUGUCAAUUCUUUUCCUGACAGUCAUGCGUUGGCGGAUGUGAGAUCAUCUGAUGAUGGGUCAUCAUGGCCAGUGGCGUAUGGCGGCCUGUCCGAGCAGGCUGCAGCAUGGGUUGGCAUGGGGGCCCUCGGAGACACGUGCAUUGUGGAAGGGCAUGGUGGAGAAAUUCAGAUCAGCACAACACUGACAGAACCGGUGGUGGCAGAGUCGAGUAGCCAUCCUCGCUACGCUCCUCUCGGUCCAUCCUACCACGCUCCUCUCGGUGAAAUCUGGCACGACCAGACUGCAGCAGCAGAGUUGCCAUCGUUUCCUUUUGAGUCGACCCAGAAGCAGUCGAGCCGUCCAUCCUACCACGCCCCUCUGGGAGGAAUCAGACACGACCAGACCACAGCAGCAGAGUUGUCAUCAUCGCUUCACGUUGCUGCUGCUACCACUGGAAUGGAGAUGGUCCCUUCAGGGAGAGGCUGUGGUACUGCCAUUGUGGCUUGCGAACCGACCGCUCGAAGGAUCGAGAUUGACGAUGCUGUGAACGGCGAUAUGACGACGAUGCUGGCUCACCAGAACUCUGUUUCCUCCGUCGUCCCCACCGCUCCUAAGCCCGUGGACUUGCAGUUGCACGCUGCUGAUGCUGCUGCCGACCGCACCAGUGGUGCUACUGAGUGCGCAAAAGCAGACAGCUUGUUCGUGGGCGGGUGCGACGACUACACCUCCUUGCUCCUCAUGGACCCUCUCACCCUCGUUGACUCGCUGCCGUAUCCCUUCACUGCCUUUGACCCUCCCACCUUGGCUCCAGGUGCAAACAUGCUGACCGGAAUCUCCCCAAGAGGGAAUUUGCCGAGAGGGAUUUUCUCGACGGCUUUUGAGACGUUGCAAAGCUCCCCAAGAGGGAACCUGCCGAGAGGGGGUUUCUCGACGGCUGCGCAAGCAGCGGCUUGCGGCGAAUUGGCGUCAAUGGAAGGGCAGAACGGAGGUGCUGAGGAGGGAGAGGGGCUGCUGCACAGAAGCCAGGACUUCAUGGCUCAGGAGGAGCUGUUUCAGGCGUUGCUGCUGGAGGAAGGACCCGAGAUGGCUGCAAAGAGGUUGUUGAGUGUUGCUUGUGGUGCGGAGAUGCGUGCAGAGCAGCCGGGCGAAUCAUCUGAGUAUUCACCUGCUGGUCCAGCCAUGGAACCACCUGGAGAUCCAUCUGGAGAUCCAACGGUCCACAGCAGCCGGGCGUUCCUUGAAACCACAAGCGCACCAGGUGGGGAAACAUCCGUGACGCCACAAAACGCCGGCGAUUCUUGUGGAACAGGGGUUGCGCUAGGUGUGGGUGGGAAUGACGUGGUUUUGAAGACGGCCGUGAUGGGUGCUGCUGUUGUGCCAGAGGAAGAGAAGCAGGAGGGAGGCAAGCAGCAGAAGAAGAGGAAGAAGGCUCAGGUGGUUUCCUCAAUGCAGGGCGGGCAGCAGGAUGCUGCUGCUGCUGUGAAGGUGGCGUUUCUUAAAACCACGAGCACCCGAGUCGCUGAAGCGUGCGGAAUGCCAAGAAACACUGAGGAUUCUAGUGAUGCGGGGGUUGCACUUGCUGUGGGCGCGAGUGAGGCAGCUUCAGAGAUGGCCGUGGUAGGUGCUGCUGGGAAUUCAGAGAAAAGGGCGGAGGGAGUCAUGCAGCAGAAGAAGAGGAAGAAGACACAUAACAAGGCUGAGCAGGUGCCGUCAAUGCAGGGUGGGCAGCAGAAUGAUGCUGCUGCUGCUGCUGCUGCUGGUAUGAAGGUGGCGUUUCGUGAAACCAAAAACACCACACUUGCUGAAGCAUGCGGGAUGCAAAGAAACACUGGUGAUUCUGGUGAUACUGGGUUUCUGCCCUCUGUGGGUGGGAGUGAGGCGGUUUUGAAGACGGUCCUGGCAAAUGCUGCUGUGGCUUCAGAGGGGAGCGAGGAGGGAAGCAAGCAGCAGAAGAAGAGGAAGAAGGCCCAGAAGAAGGAUGAGCUGGUUUCAUCAAUGGAGGGCGGGCAGUUGGACGGAGUUCCUCUAGAGGCGGCUCUACAAGCCAAGAAAGCAAAGAAGCAGAAAGUUCCACAGGGAUCCAAGACAUCUCGUCAAGGCAACGGUCAGCCUCAACCUUCCAGUGCCGCGAGUGCUGCUCCAGAACCGGCACCAGCAUGUUUAGACUCGGCUGUUAGUUCCAGUGCAGCCAUCGCUGCCAUGGCUUCGGCGGUAGCUCUUUCGGCCACCUCGUCACAGUGCCUAACGUGCUCCUCGUGGGCUCGGAGCAACGUCAAAGUGAGCGGUCCAGGCACGAGGUUCUUGUCAGGGCGGCAGCUGUCGCGGCCUCUGGCUAGGAAAUGCGAAGUGGUCGCGAGAAGAAGCCUUAGGCAUGUCGUUGCGGAGAAAGGAUCUACGAGCGAUUUGGUCAGCACGGCAGUGAAGAUAGGCAACGAUGGACUCGACGCAGCGACGAAACUCGUUCCUGCCAGUAUCCCGCGGCCAGUAGCUAAAGGCGGCGUCGCGCUUCUUUCGCUCGCCAUCCUCUUGUCCCUCGUUCAGACCAUCUUCAACACUUUCGUCAGCCUCCUUUUCCUCGGAGGCCUAGGAUACUUGGCGUUCCAGUACCUAUCCAAGGAUGGCAAGAAUUCGUCUGGGAGUUCAGCCAUGGAUGCGCAGAAGAUAGCAGAGCUCAAGGCCUUCGUGCAGCUCUGCCAGAAAACUCCCGCCAUUCUCGCCGACCCGAAGCUCGAGUUCUUCCGUGAUUAUCUCGAAAGUCUGAAUGCGGAGGUGCCAGGGGAGGCGUACGGCUUGAAGACGGGCGCCGCACCCAAGGCAGAGAAGGUGGAAGAACCAAGCACGAUGGAAUCCGAAGCGAGCAAGGUAGAGGAACCAGAGGAGGAGGAAGAGGAGGAGGAGGAGCCUGAGAUCGUGGAAUCUGACGUGGAGAUAGACGAGGAGGGCGUGGUGGAGGGGGACGACGACCCCCCGCAGCAGAUGGGCGAUGCCAGCAAGGAAGUGGGCGAGGAGCAGCGGGACGCCGCUCAGGCUGCCAAGGCUAAAGCCAUAGAAGCCCUGGCUGAAGACAACCUAGAGGCGGCAGUGGCGCAUCUGACAGAGGCCAUUCUCAACAACCCCACCUCCGCACUGCUCUAUGGCAACCGAGCUGGAGUAUUUGUGCGCAUGAAGAAACCCAACGCUGCCAUUCGCGACUGUGACGAGGCUCUCAAGCUGAACCCUGACUCGGCUCGCGCCUACAAAUCCCGAGGAGAAGCGAAAGCCCUUCUUGGCCAAUGGGAGGCAGCAGCGGCGGACCUGCGUCUGGCCUCUCGCCUUGACUACGACGAAGAAGUCAAUUCCUUCUUAAAGCUGGUGGAGCCCAGGGCACACCGCCUGGAGGAGCACCGGCGCAAGUACGAGCGGCUGCGCAAGGAGCGCGAGGAGCGCGUGGCGGCCAAGGAGAGGCAGCGGCGGAGGAAGGCGGCCCAGAAGGCGUAUGAGGAGGAGAAAAAGAGAGAGGAGGAGAGGAAGAAUGCGGCUAGAGGGGCUGGGGGUGGCGGGGGUUUCCCUGGGGGUUUCCCAGCGGGAAUGGGGGGUAUGCCGGGGGGUUUCCCAGGGGGCAUGCCGGCAGGGAUGGGGGGCAUGGGGGGGAUGGGGGGGAUGCCUGGGAUGGGCGGCGGUGCGGGCGGCAUGCCGGACAUGAGUCAGAUGCUCAAUGACCCUGAACUGCUCAUGGCGCUUCAGAACCCUGCAGUCAUGGCCGCCAUGCAGGAUGUCAUGAAGAACCCAGCCAAUCUGCUCAAGUAUCAGAACGACCCCACAGUGGGCCCUGUGCUCAUGAAGCUCAUGUCCAAGUUCGGUGGUGGUGCCGGUGGUGCUGGCGGGAUGUAG